UCAACGGAAAGUUACUUGGGGCUGGCCCGAGCAGGGAGGCUGCGGUGGAGCUUGGGCUGAGCCUUUGGGGGAGACAGGCGGUGGGAUCCCCAGCAGGCAGACGCUGGAGAGUUUGGGUCGGCGACCUUGGGGACCACCUGCAUUUGGUUCACUUCCUGGCCACGCCCCAGGUGACCGACCUCAGGCCACAGCUGAGCCCAAAUCCUUGUUUGGGGCUGCUGGAAAACAUGGAAGCCUCAUCACAGUGAAGACAGGUUGGAUUUUUCCCUUCUGCCAAGUAGCAAGGCUUUUCCCCUUGGUUUUCAUGUGGCGGAUCCACAGCCCCUCGGGCCUGCUCCCCUGAGAUGGACUUGGAUGAAUGAGAAGAGCCCUAAAAACUACCCACUGCCUUCUGCCCUCUACCCCUGCUGCUGCCGCUGCCUGAGGUGAAGCUUGGGCUUGGAAAGACCUCUGUCAACAGAGUCCUCAGCCAUGCAAAAGAAAGAAAUAGACUGUUUGAGUCCCGAAGCUCAGAAACUGGCUGAAGCCCGGCUUGCAGCCAAGAGAGCCGCCCGAGCUGAGGCUCGAGAGAUCCGCAUGAAGGAGCUGGAGAGGCAGCAGAAAGAGAUCUAUCAGGUUCAAAAGAAAUAUUAUGGGCUGGAUACAAAAUGGGGUGACAUCGAACAGUGGAUGGAAGAGAGCGAGCGAUACUCUCAUAGAUUCCGAAGAAAUCCAUCGGCUUCUGAUGAAGAUGAGCGUAUGUCAGUGGGUAGUCGCGGAAGCCUGAGGUCCCAGGCCACGCUGGACUAUGCUGGUGCCUACCCUGCGCUCUGCCUCUUUUCUCUUUCCCAGCAGACGAACGGUUACAAUGGAGACUUGUACGGAUCCUCGUCCCUGAACAGAAAAUCUAGCAGGAGUUCCAGAUCCAGCAAGGAAAGCAAACUGCCCACCAGGUUGUCAUCCAGGGAGGAGAAGUUGGGCUCCUACUACUCUGACCUUGGGCUUUCCUGCACCAGCCUUCCCUCCAGACCCCUGUCGGCUUCCCAAAAUGGAGCGCGGUCUUCCUUUCUUUACAGGGAUGUUAAGGCUGCCUGGCGCUACAGGGCAUCCCUGUAUGAUGAGAGCAUAUACAGUGGGAGUCGACGAUAUAGCGCCUCCAAUUCACAUCCACCCUCCGAGUACAGCGGCUACCUGGGCUCCGGAUCGCGGGCAUCCUCCAGAGCCAGCUCGGCUCGUGCAAGUCCAGUGGUUGAAGAAAGGCCAGAAAAGGACUUUGCUGAGAAGGGAUCUCGUAACAUGCCCAGCUUAUCGGCAGCCACAUUGGCCUCUCUGGGUGGAACCUCCUCUCGGAGGGGCAGUGGGGACACUUCCAUCUCUGUGGACACCGAGGCCUCCAUGAGGGAAAUCAAGGAGAUCAAUGAGUUAAAGGACCAGAUUCAGGACGUAGAAGGCAAAUACAUGCAGGGCCUGAAAGAAAUGAAGGACUCUCUAGCUGAAGUCGAGGAGAAAUACAAGAAGGCCAUGGUUUCCAAUGCCCAGUUAGACAACGAAAAGACGAACUUCAUGUACCAGGUGGACACCCUAAAGGAUGCGUUGUUGGAACUGGAAGAGCAAUUGGUUGAAUCUCGAAGACAGUAUGAAGAAAAAAACAAAGAGUUCGAAAGGCAGAAGCAUGCCCACAGCGUGUUACAAUUUCAAUUUGCUGAAGCAAAAGAGGCCUUAAAGCAAAGAGAGGAGAUGCUCGCGGAAAUCCGACAACUGCAGCAGAAGCAGGAGAGUUAUAUCAGGGAGAUUUCUGAUCUUCAGGAAACAAUAGAAUGGAAAGACAAAAAGAUAGGGGCGUUAGAGAGGCAGAAGGAAUACUUUGAUUCCAUCCGGAGUGAGCGAGACGAGCUUCGGGCCGAAGCAAUCCUGCUGAAGGAGGAGCUGAAGAAACAUGGAAUAAUCCUGAAUUCUGAAAUCACCACCAAUGGAGAGCCUCUGGAUAAUCUAAGUAACAUGAGCCACCUGGGAUCUCCCAAGGUGUUGCAACAGGAAACAAAUGUCAUAAAGUCAUCCAGUGAUGGGACACUUGGAAGAGCCAGUGAAGUGGAGGUGGCCAGUGAGAAUGUGGACAAAGUGGGGGAGCGUGAGCAGCCCCAGGCGGAUUCUGCAGAGGCAGGUGUGGAUACAAAGGCCUUACCUCCUGAUGGGAAUGCAGAGGCAGAAACCCCCUCGCAAGACCAUGCCAUGGUGACAGAAACAUUAGCCAACGAUCCAGCCCAUGUGCCAGAAACUCAUUCUGUCCCUGAAAAUACCAACGAGCAGGUUGAACCCAGUGAGGGUGGAGACAGCCUGGGGGCUAGCGUAGAACCCAAUCACCUCAGUGAAUUAGAGAGUGAUAAUAUCGAUCAGAAUCAGGAACCUGCAGGGAGCCCUCAUUUUCCAGGUGAUGUGAUUAGCCAGGACAGGCGCAGUCCCUUAGAUACUCAAAAUGAAAAGAAAGAAUUAGUAGAAAAGCAUGAAGAGGGUAGCAGGAAAUUAUCUCAGGAUACCGAAAGAAUAGAUACAGUGAAACUAAGUGAGAAUCAUUCCGAAAGCUUGCUCGAAGGGAUGGAAGCCAAAGACAGGACGCAGGGAGACACAGAAGUGGACAGCAGAAGGACUGAAGAUGAAGCAGUUAGUGGAGAUGAAAAAGGUGCAAGUCUCAUGAAAGGGGAACAAAAUAAGGAGGAGGAGCGCGAGUUCAUAAAGGGGGAGCAAAUCCAGACAAUCCCAUCUUCAGAAGUAAAGGGCAGCCAGCCAGAAAAAGUGGGCAAGAGGGUCACGACUGGUGAAAAUGAAUGCUCAGAUCAGAAUGUGCCCACAACAGAAAGAGAUGGCCAGAAACGGGAGAUAUGUGACUCCUCUUCCAAAAAGUCCAAGAACAAGAAGAAGAAAAACAAGAAGAAAAAGUCACCCCCCGUAGGUUCUUCCGACGACGUUAAGAAAGAGUUGGUCUUCCAAAACACAGAGGAGGAGGAGGACGAGGAAGAGGAGGAAGUGAAGUUCGAAGCCAAGAAUCAAGCCCAAGACACCCUUGGCAAGGUGGUCCAAGAGGAGAAGCCAGAACCAAGAACCGAUCUCGACAAAUAUGUGGAUUGUCCAGAGGAAGCCAAAGCUGAAUUAGAUGACAAACCAAAUCAGCAAGUUGGUAAAGCGGAGACUCCUGAAAGAGCCGUAGCUGAUGACAGCAAAGUAUCUGAGCUCGACAGUGAUGCAGCCCAUCCAGCGGGUGGAAAGGGAGAGGUCAGUCCCUCAGAGGUUGCUGAGGCUGGAAGCAUAGAAGAAGAGUCCGUCCCCGCCCAGAAAGCAACGGAGCAAAGCCAGAUGUCCAAACCAGAGAAUAAAGAAGCAGUGGGCAGUGGCCCCCAAAAUGAAGAUGCGUCAUCAUCCCCUAAUGAUAGUUCUCCCACCGAGAGUAUGGAGGAAAACUGUGAGCAGUCAGAUGAGCACCUGGAGACAGCUGAGGAAGCGUUAGAAAGCAGUAGCCCAGACAGUGAUGAGCACGAAGACCCCGUGGGCAACCUCAAGGCAGAGAGCAAAGAGGACACCAAGGGUAGGACCGGUAAGGGGAAAGAUAGAAAUAAAGAAGAAUGCACUAUGUCAUGAGUCAAGGCAGGAGGCUCACAGCUGCUGGUGUAGUGUAGACAGCUAGAAGGGAGAGAGGCACUCUGCAGAAUCAGUCUUAUUAUAGGAACACUUAGGGGUUUUCUCUCCUGGUGACAACUCUAGAGUCUAGGUCGGUCUGUAUGCACUGUGUGGCAAUCAGUGACUGAAUCACUCACUACUCUCAGUCACACAGAUCUCUGUAGGUGCCUAUGUAGUCUCUUGUCAGCUUCAGUCAAUCAUUGUGUUUGCCAUCUAGAUUUUUAAAGAGAGGGCAUGGCUCUUAUUACUAUGAGCUCAGGUUGAAAGAAUGACCAGAGCACCAGAUAACUACUAUUAAUGUUCAUUGCUUUAGUUUCCAGUUCAAAGUCAAGGUGGCCUCAGUGCCUUU